GUAUUCAAGCGUCACUUCGUUUUAUUUCAUGGAGAUGUGAACGCAACUUCGAGCGUUUCAACAUGUGCCUUUGCCCCGAGGAAUUUGCUUUCCGUCGUCUCAAAUUGAGUCAUCCUUAUGCAAGUGCGUUUGCGACAUCGCCGUGGCUACCCCUUCCUUUGUUCCUCAUUUACCGCCUCAUCGCCGCCUUCUACUUUCUGUCAUGGUUGAUCUACAGUGGCUUUAGCGAUGGUAACUACUGGUUCAUUUUCCUUAGUAACUGGGUCCUUACCUUUGUAACCGCUUACUUUCUGCUUGCCAUGUUCAUUACUACCCACUAUUGCUGCGGAUCUGGAGUCGAAGAUGACCCGGCUGGCUACGGACCUCGUCGUUUCAAGUCGGAAACCUACAUCGUGGGAUUGUCUUCCGAAGAUGAAAACGAGACCGAAGACGAAGGGACAUCCUAUGCCACUAAAGAAGAUGAUGAAGACGGGCUGAGCUGGCCACAGAAGGUAUUGUGGGUACUUUUCGACAUAGGAAGUGUUACUUCGCUGGUAGUCACCAUUUUCUAUUGGUCAACGCUGUACCCUGUAAAAGGUGGAGCAAUCGAUGGUUUGAACAUAAACGAACAUAUUUUAGCUGCCGUUUUUAUGCUGAUAGAAGUCGUAUUUAGUAAUAUUCCCAUCCGUCUCCUGCAUUUUUUCUAUCCUCAUGCGUUUUCUUCGAUCUACGUGCUUUUCAGCGUGAUUUACUGGGGCGCUGGGGGAAAGAAUAAGGAAGGCCUGAAUUACAUAUACCAGAUCAUUGAUUACGAAAAAGAACCAGGUCGUGCCAUUUUUAUGGUGUUCUUCUUGUUAAUUGUAACGCAAACAAUGGUGCAUUUGUUCCUCUUCAUAUUGUUCAGAUUUAGGGCGUGGCUUAUAUCUAAACUCCAAUGAACCCAAGUAAAGUAUGGUUAUCAUUGAACGUUAAGAGGACUUGCAAAACGUAAAGAACGUUGUUAAGCUCAGUGAGACGCAAAGUCUGCCAUAUGUUAAGUUGCUAAAAAUACAACCACUUUUAAGAGAAGAACUGUCCAGAGAAUAAUCUCUCGAGAACUGUAUAAUAAACUCAUAAGUCUCUCACCCGAGGAAAAUUGAUCAAGAAAAUGUUGGUCGCAUUAUUUUCCCUUGAAUGAAUUCAUAAAUUCUGCCAAAAGUGGGACGAUAAAGUAUCUUGCUUACUAGCGGGUUCUCUAAGGUGAUAUAAAGUUGUUCUUAAUCCUUUAAAUCCUAAGAGUGAUUAGCAUCUAAUUUCUCCCUACAAUAUCACCCCUGAAUCACACAUCAAGGUCAUGAGAGUAAAGGAAAUGAUCACCAGGGAAGGAUCCUUCUGAUUGGCAAACAAAUUCUCUCUGUCAGCACCUUAGGAAUGUAUAAAGAACAGUGUGGAGAAUAUGCAUUCUGAUGUUGGGGCGUUAAAGGUUAAGUUAGUGUGCUGCUCCCUUACAAGCACUGCAAUAGCUCCCCUGUAUCACGGGUCUUAAUCAAUUUCUGCCGAAAAAAAAUUAACCUUGCAUGCAAAAUCAGUAAGUGGAUUAAAUAGGAAAUAUUUGUUAACUUGUUUUUUCAAACGUUGUCAAGCUUUUUAUCGCUUUUUUUAGUCAAUUAAACAUGCAUUUUAUUCCGAGUAAGAAAUUUUCGUAAGCAUUUUUUCGCUGUAACACUUUAACUCCCAAGAUCUUAUUAGUAAUUCUCCUUACCGUCUGCCAUACAGUUAAUGUGAUGCUUGUUUGGAGAAUUUGGUAUUGGAUCAACUUAUAAUCCCCUCAUUGAGGGGAUUAUAAGUUGAUAGUUAUUUUUCUAUAUUCUCAUCACUUGUGUGGUUGAUAUUGUAUUGAUAUUGUAAGGAGAAAUUCUGUCUUGGUCACUCAUGGGAGCUGAAGGGUUAAAUAUGACACUCUAUUUAGUGAUAAGAGUAGCAUUUUAGCCAAACGCUGUUUGUCUACGUUUUCAUGCGCUUUUAAUUAAGGGAAAAAAAGUUAGAAAAAAGUAGCUCAGUAAACGUGGGUUUUAAGAUAGUUGGGAUAUGGAAGACCCAAAAGCCAGUUGUUGGAAAAAAAAUGCAUUUAUAGUUAGCCAGUUUUCCUUGUUUAUGACGAAAGGCCUCAUUUUUAAACAAAAAAUUGGCUAAAAAAAAAGUACAAUGCAAUGUAUCUAUCUCAAUUUCAUUAAAGCAUUUAUAAACUUCUCACGUGAUAUUAUGUAACUGCGAUGGUUACUGAUCUGUCUCUGAACAGUUUCGAUUAUUUUGGCUGUAGUGGGGAAACAGGAAAAACUAUCCUCCGAUUUUCUUAAAAAGUUCACCGAUUCUGGACCUAUUAAGUGCCAAUGUGCUAUGUAUGAUUAAAUCUCUGCGGGGCGGUUGCUAAUU